GACGACGACAUCAAGUCCAAAAAGGUCACCCUCGCCGACUUGAGCGCAAAGGGCACCGCGCUCUACGCGCAGAAAAAGUACGAGGCCGCCGCCGACAUCUUCUCCCGAGCGAGCAUCCUCCAGGCCGAAAUCAACGGCGAGACCGCCCCAGAGAACGCCGAGAUCCUCUUCCACUACGGCCGCAGCUUGUUCAAGGUCGGCCAGAGCAAGAGCGACGUCCUCGGCGGCUCGGCGCCCAUCGAAAAGAAGCCCAAGGCGAACGGUAGCUCCUCGAAGAAGACGGUCAAGGAGGAAAAAGUAACACAGGAGGGCGAGGCUCCGGGCGCGGCUGAGUCUGAAGAAGGCAAGGAGAAGAAGGGCGAUGACAAGGCCGACAUUCCCGAGGGGAAGAAGGUCUUUUUCCAGUUCACGGGCGAUGAGAACUUUGACGAGUCUGACGAAGACGAGGCCCAGGAAGGAGACGAAGAAGAGGAAGAAGACGACGAUCUUGCCACUGCCUUUGAAAUCCUCGACCUCGCUCGCGUCUGCUACCUCAAGCAGCUGGAGAAGCUGCGAGAGGAGGAAGCGCAGAGCGACGGCGACGGCGACAAGGGCAAGGGCAAGGAAGUCGCCAAGGAAGACUCUCCAGCCGUCAGACACAUCAAAGAGCGCCUCGCCGAGACCCACGACUGUCUUGCUGAAAUCUCUCUAGAGAAUGAGCGGUAUCCCAAUGCCAUCGAGGAUGGCCGCACAUCUCUCAACUACAAGCUUGAGCUGUACCCCGAAGAAUCCGAAGUCAUUGCCGAGGCGCACUACAAGCUCUCCCUUGCUCUCGAGUUUGCCUCCGUGACCGUUGCCGACGAUGAAGGCAAGAACACCAAGCGCGAAGAGGUUGACCAGGGCCUGCGUGACGAGGCUAUCAAGGAGAUGGAGCUUGCCAUCAAGAGCUUCAAGGCGAAGAUGCAGGCCAUAGAGGUUGAAAUCGCCAGCUCAGCGUCGCCCGAGGAUAACGAGCUCUCGCGCAAGGCUGUCGAAGAGAUGAAGGAAGUCAUAGUAGACUUGGAGCAAAGGCUCGUCGACCUUCGCAAGGACCCCCUGAGCGCAAACGACCUCCUGGGUGAUGGCGCCAACCCCCUGGGCGGCAUCCUCGGCGCUGCAUUUGGCCAAUCCGCUGCCGACGUGCAGGCGCGCGUCGAGGAGGCUACCAAGAACGCCGUGGACCUGACGGGCCUUGUGCGCAAGAAGAAGGCCAAGGUGGACGAUGCCGAAGCCGCCAACGGCAAUGGUAAGCGCAAGGCCGACGACGAGACUACCGAGCUCGAAACGAAGAAGGCCAAGGUCGAG